AUGAACGUUUGGAGAACAAAUCAGAAACUGUUCAUCUGCUCGGUCUGCAACAGGGGCUUCCCUCGCAUGUCUCAGCUUGAAGAACACAAGGCCUCCCACCAACUCUUCAAACCUUUCAGGUGCCUCGAAUGCGGGAAAUCGUUUCACCAGAAGACCCGGCUGAAGACACACCAGAGUGUGCACACGGGAGAGAGGCCCUUCAGUUGCAAAAUCUGUGGCAAGAUGUUUUCCAGGCAGGACAACUGCCUGAGGCACGAGCGCUUCCACAGCGGGCUGAAGCCGCACAGCUGCGGACAGUGUGGCAAAAGCUUCACUGUGCUGGGUAACCUCAAAAUCCAUCAAGAGAUUCACCUGCAAGGAAGGUAG